CCGCCCGCAGCCGCCCGGACUAGCCGCUCGGGGCCGGGCCCGGACCGCCGCUCCGCCGCCCUCCCGCCGGCGACCAUGGCCUCCUCCGAGGUGGCGCGGCAGCUGUCUUACAUGGGAGUGAAAACAACUUGUACGUCCUCACAAGGGUCUGAUGACGAACAGAAAAAAGGAGAAAAUAUUCGUUCCUUGACUAUGUCUGGCCAUGUUGGCUUUGAGAGUUUGCCUGAUCAGCUGGUCAAUAGAUCCAUUCAGCAAGGUUUCUGUUUUAAUAUUCUCUGUGUGGGGGAGACUGGAAUUGGAAAAUCAACACUGAUUGACACGUUAUUUAAUACUAAUUUUGAAGACCAAGAAUCUUCACAUUUUUGCCCACAUGUGAAACUUAAAGCUCAGACAUACGAACUUCAAGAAAGUAAUGUUCGAUUGAAAUUGACCAUUGUGAAUACAGUGGGAUUUGGUGACCAAAUAAAUAAAGAAGAGAGCUACCAACCAAUAGUUGACUACAUAGAUGCCCAGUUUGAGGCCUAUCUCCAAGAAGAACUGAAGAUUAAGCGUUCUCUCUUCAACUACCACGACUCUCGCAUCCAUGUGUGCCUCUACUUCCUCUCACCCACAGGCCACUCUCUGAAGACACUUGAUCUCCUAACCAUGAAGAACCUGGACAGCAAGGUGAACAUUAUACCAGUGAUUGCCAAAGCAGAUACAAUUUCUAAAACUGAAUUACAGAAGUUUAAGAUCAAGCUCAUGAGUGAAUUGGUCAGCAAUGGCGUCCAGAUAUACCAGUUCCCGACAGAUGAUGACACCGUUGCUAGGAUCAAUGCUGCAAUGAAUGGACAAUUGCCAUUUGCUGUCGUAGGAAGUAUGGAUGAGGUGAAAGUCGGAAAUAAAAUGGUCAAAGCUCGCCACUACCCUUGGGGUGUUGUACAAGUGGAAAAUGAAAACCACUGUGACUUCGUAAAGCUGCGGGAGAUGCUCAUUUGCACAAACAUGGAGGACCUGCGCGAGCAGACCCACACUCGGCACUAUGAACUCUACAGGCGUUGCAAGCUGGAGGAAAUGGGCUUCGCAGAUAUGGGCCCAGAGGACAAGCCUGUCAGUCUUCAAGAGACCUAUGAAGCCAAAAGACACGAAUUCCAUGGUGAACGUCAGAGGAAGGAAGAAGAAAUGAAGCAGAUGUUUGUGCAGCGAGUAAAGAAGAAAGAAGCUAUAUUGAAAGAAGCUGAAAGAGAGCUGCAGGCCAAAUUUGAGCACCUGAAGAGAGUUCACCAAGAAGAGAGAAAGAAGCUUGAAGAGAAGAAGAGAAUUUUGGAUGAAGAAAUAAUCGCCUUCUCUAAAAAGAAAGCUACCUGUGAGAUACUCCAGACCCAGUCCUUUAUGGCAACCGGUAGCAACCUGAGGAAAGACAAGGACCGCAAGAAGGUACCAGGCUGUCGAUUUGAACUCCUGUGCUUUGAUGUCAGAGCUUCUGAAACCAAUUGUGGACGUAAAGAUGCAGAGGAAGGUAGAGAGGGCCACAGUGCAAGGGGGCCGCCAUGAAUAGCACUGGAUGGUAAUCUCAAGGCUUGUAGGUUUGGGCUCCAAUUUCAUGUAAAACAGAAGUUCCAGAGCACAGAAGGUCAUCACAAACAGAAAUUAUUAAAAAAACAGAAGUGUG